AUGGACAAAAAGGACAAAAAGCAGCACCAAAACUUGUCCCUCCACGAGAGGUACCUCGCGUUACUGGACAAACACAACGCCGAGAACGCCGACAAACCGCCGGAGGAGCAGGAGGGGCCGCAGAUCAAGAACGAAGUCGUCAAAAAGGCCCUCGCCGCGGUGCACGGCCCGGGCAAGCUCGAUAGUUUGGCGUUCCUGAGCGACGAGAGCCUGGACAAGGUGCUCGACGAGCUCGCGGAGCUCUACGACUCCGACCAGUCUACCGAAGAGGGUCGACGAAACCGCAAGCUCGCCGUCCUGCUCUGUGCGGACGUCGGCUGGGCCCCUCAGGAAAAAGAGACAUCAGUCAAGUGACAUGGGCUCGGUGCGCGGCCGCGCGUUGCUUGAUUUAGCGAGGCACCGGUUGGGAUGGACGGCGCGCGGCGGCUUCGACACCAAAGAGUUCUGGGAGCGAAGUUACGCCAAGGCCGUCCUGCCGCACGAGUGGGCCCUGCCACCUUCGUCUCUGUUAAAGUAUGAAUUUCGGGAUGUAUCAAUGCAUCGCACGACAACAACCGCGAGGGGCACCGCAACCUUGGACCAGGACUGCCCCAGGGCCGCGAAGACUUUGGUGCUUGGCGGUGGGACGUCGACGCUCGCGCAGGCCCUCUGUGACGAGGGCUGGUCUGAUGUGACUGCAUUGGACUUCUCCGAGGUCGCCGUGAAACGAGGACUAGAAAUGGAGCCCUCGGUCAAUUGGAUGGUCGGCGACGCGCGGCGCUUGGACGAGACCUUUUCUGAUGAAACGUUCGGUGCCAUCGUCGACAAGGGCACGGUCGACGCCAUCUACCUGUCCGCCGGCGAUAGCUGCACAGAGGACGUCGGCGCGGUCGCGGCCGGCGCCGCGCGGGUGUUGGAGCCGCGCGGCACUUUUUUGUGUGUGUCGCUGAGCGCGCCGCAGUAUCUAUGGCCCCUGUUGCAGUGCGACGCUUGGGAUAUACAGCAGUGUGAGGUGCGGCGCCUGGACGGCGCGUUCCUCUACGUCAUGCGGCGGGGGCGCCUAAAGAAGAAGUAA